CAGUUUUCUCUACAGCCAUUUCAGGAAUCAGCAGCCAAAAAUAAAUAAAAAUCAAUUUUUCUUCUAUUUUUCAAAUGCGCUCAAAAGACAGAAUCUCAUACUUCUACGACGGGGAUGUGGGUAACGUUUACUUUGGGCCAAAUCAUCCAAUGAAGCCACACCGCCUUUGUAUGACUCAUCAUCUUGUUCUCUCCUAUGACCUCCACAAGAAGAUGGAGAUUUAUCGGCCUCAUAAGGCCUAUCCUGUUGAGCUUGCUCAGUUCCAUUCAGCUGACUAUGUCGAGUUCUUACACCGGAUUUCACCAAACUCUCAACAUUUGUUUGUGGAAGAAAUGCGUAGAUAUAGUCUCGGAGAAGAUUGCCCUGUCUUUGAAAACUUAUUCGAAUUUUGUCAAAUUUAUGCUGGUGGAACAAUAGAUGCUGCACGGAGAUUGAAUAAUCAACUAUGUGACAUUGCUAUAAAUUGGGCUGGCGGAUUACAUCAUGCUAGAAAGUGUGGAGCAUCAGGAUUUUGUUACAUCAAUGACUUAGUUUUAGGUAUUUUGGAGCUUCUAAAAUAUCAUGCACGUGUUUUGUAUAUUGAUAUAGACGUGCAUCAUGGUGACGGUGUGGAAGAAGCCUUUUAUUUUACUGACAGGGUGAUGACAGUGAGUUUUCACAAGUUUGGAGACAUGUUCUUUCCUGGAACUGGAGAUGUUAAGGAUAUAGGAGAAAGAGAAGGCAAGUUUUAUGCAAUAAAUGUCCCCUUGAAGGAUGGAAUAGAUGACACUAGCUUCAACCGACUUUUUAAAACAAUCAUUUCCAAGGUUGUAGAAACAUAUCAGCCAGGUGCAAUAGUUCUUCAAUGUGGAGCAGAUUCGUUAGCUAGGGACCGCUUAGGCUGCUUCAACCUCUCCAUUGAUGGGCAUGCUGAAUGUGUUAGGUUUGUCAAAAAAUUCAAUUUGCCUUUACUGGUUACUGGAGGUGGAGGAUAUACAAAAGAGAACGUUGCUCGAUGUUGGACACUUGAGACGGGAGUUCUUUUAGAUACAGAAAUACCCAAUGAGAUCCCAGACAACGAGUAUAUCAAAUAUUUUGCCCCGGACUUUUCAUUAAAGAUUCCAGGUGGACAAAUAGAGAACUUUAAUAGCAAAUCUUACCUUAGCACAAUAAAAAUGCAAGUGCUUGAAAAUCUUCGUUACAUCCAACAUGCUCCUAGUGUACAAAUGCAAGAGGUUCCUCCUGACUUCUAUGUGCCUGAUUUUGAUGAAGAUGAGCUAAACCCUGAUGAACGAGUUGAUCAGCAUACACAAGAUAAGCAUAUCCAGCGCGAUGAUGAAUAUUAUGAAGGAGACAAUGACAAUGAUCAUAACAUGGAUGUUUGAUCGAGUGAAUUCUCCUUCUCGACAAAGAAAAUCAAGUGAAUUUGUCCUUUCGACAGAUAAAAUCAAUUGAAUUUUUUCGUAAGGCCGAUGUGAUAGUGUGAAAAGAUACUAGAUUAUUAUAGCCACAACUAAUGUACUCGUUCCCAUUGUUUCCGGAUCAUCUUCACUUGAUUUUGUUAUCAAUGUAUGAUAGGAUGUUCUAUUCCUGCAAA